GUUACAUUGUUGCAGAGGGUGGCGCUUAUGAGUUUCCUUCAAAACUCGGUUUGAGCAGAGUACGUAGCACCUCUCCUAUGCGGGCAGUUAUUUUUCAUCGCUAAGCCAGUUCACGUUUUAUUUGUCAUAUCAGUAUAUCUUGAGAGAUUUCGUUAACUGAGACGGACGACAGACACAUUUAUAGCCCUUGCCCAGCAAAGCAUUAUGCUAGGCUAUUUUUUUUUAAUCUCAAAUUUUCUAUGGUUUUUGAGUGGUAGUCUAUACCACAUGCAGUUCGCUUCAGUGGAGCGUUUUAAUUUCACGGGAUAUAGAAAAUAGAUUUUGUUUAACCUACUGAGUGUGUAUGUGAUUGUGCUGGUCUGUGCCUAUGACAGACGUUUAAGUUAUUAUUUAGGUGCGUCUAUAAAGUAAAGACUGCAAGCAAUUGCCGUUAAACUUGAUUUGUUAACUUAUUGUUGGCUCAAGUCGCUAUCAGAAUGACCGAGGACAAUGUCACAAGUAAAAGUAUUGAAAUCGUCAAAGAUCAACUGUAUUUCGCCAUACUGCAGCAGAAGAUUAAAAGCACAGCUGACAGACAUUUCUUCUGCAUAGACGAAGAGCUGUCAUAUGAGAACUUCUAUGCAGACUUUGGCCCGCUCAACCUGGCCAUGUUCUAUCGCUUUUGUUGCAAACUCACUAAAAAGCUCAAGUCAUUCACACUAGCAAAGAAGAAGAUAGUCUUCUAUACCUGUGGAGAUAAUAAGAAACAAGCCAAUGCUGCCUAUCUUAUUGGUUCAUAUGCAGUGAUGCAUUUGCAGAAGACGCCAGAGGAAGCCUACAGUCUACUGGUGUCCAGGAACUCUACCUACCUGUCCUUCAGAGAUGCCUCUUUUGGAACUUGUAUGUACAAUCUGAACAUUCUAGACUGCCUGCGCGCCAUAUACAAGGCUCUGCAGUUUGGCUGGCUUGAUUUCUCCCAGUUUGAUGUGGAGGAAUACGAGCAUUAUGAGAGAGCAGAAAAUGGAGAUUUCAACUGGAUUAUUCCUGGGAAGUUCUUAGCGUUUAGUGGCCCUCAUCCAAAAAGCAAAAUAGAGAACGGUUACCCUCUCCAUGCCCCCGAGGCCUACUUUCCUUAUUUCAGGAAACACAACAUCACAGCCAUCGUCCGUCUCAACAAGAAGAUGUACGAUGCCAAGCGCUUCACUGACAUGGGCUUCGAGCACCACGACCUCUUCUUCGUGGACGGAAGCACGCCAAAUGACUCCAUCGUCAGGAAGUUCCUCAACAUCUGUGAGAACGCAGAUGGAGCUAUCGCUGUUCACUGCAAAGCGGGUCUGGGUCGAACAGGCACUCUGAUAGGCUGUUACAUGAUGAAGCACUACCGUCUGACUGCGUCUGAGGCCAUCGCCUGGAUGAGGAUCUGCCGGCCUGGAUCAGUCAUCGGACCACAACAAAACUUUGUGGAAGAUAAGCAGAUCAGCCUGUGGUCGGAGGGAGAUGUUUUCCGGGAGAAGAUGAACGAGCAGGAGAACGGCAAGCUGGCCGUCACCAGAAUACUGUCGGGGGUUGAUGACAUCACUAUCAACGGCAGCAACAAAAGCAGGGGGUCCAAAAAGGAAGAGGCAGAACUGUAUAGUGACGAUGAGGAGAGGAAUGGCAUCACCCAGGGUGAUAAACUGCGAGCCCUGAAGAGCAAGAGGCAGGCAAGAACAUCCACAGGUUCCCUAUCACAAGAAGAGAACAAGAUUCACACCAGGUCCUCAUCGCAGUCUUUAAGGAUUCUCCUACAGUCUAGUGGGCCUGAUGCCUCAGACAAUAGGAAGAGAACCAGAUCCUCGCUGCCUGCUAACAGUGUGGGGGGCAGCUCCCUGUGCAGCUCCAGACUAGCCAGGUCUCUAGGCAGCAUGCAUGUAGUGGCCAGCGACAGAGAGCCAGUGUGCUGUGAGUCCAGUGGCUGCCAUAGAGACACAGCCACCAACGCAGGCAGCACAGGCAACCUGCCGAACCUAAACAUGCUGCAGGCCCCUCAGAAGGCAAGCCCACCUAGCCUCUCCUCAACCCCUUUCUCUGGGCUCAACCUCACUCUCUCCUACUCCGUUGGUCCUCCACAUACCAAGACGCACUGUGUCCAGAGGACGGAAAACUCGAUGUUCUUUACAAUCAAUGCGCUUUACGAGACUAUGUCACUCCAUACCCAAAGCUAGAGCUCCUCUACUGCGCUGAGCCUGAGGAUCUGGAAUUCUAAGGGAGUACAGUCUACCUGCAGCUCCUGCAAAUUGAGAUUUUUGUUUUCAUUUCUUAAGAGGGACUGGGUUUAUUUUACUUGAACCAGUCCAGUCAAUUGCUGAUUUUAAGGGAUGUUGAUGAGGAAAUGUGAUGUCUCAGUUUUUCUUCCCAUUCAAUCAGAUAUGGUUAAGAUGUAAACCAUGUUCAGUUAGUUUGGAAUUUAUUUCACUGUUUAUAUCAUGAAACAAAACGGUGUGUGUCCUGGCCAUAAGUAGUGGGAAUAGUGCCAUUUCAAAUUUAACUGCCAAAAUAAAGGAAACCUUAAGUAACUGAGGGAUUCAAAGUAUAUUAAAAGCAAAGGGGCAGCUAGCUGCAGUUUGCUUCACAUUCCAGCUCACAGGCUGACUGCGUGCGCGAGCAUUGCAAAAUAAAUUUAGAAAUCUAUAUUAUUCAAUUAUUGCACCCACACUGCUC